GAAAAGAAAUUACUCAGCAGCAGGAAGGAAAUAUUCAGCAGCAGAAAAAGAUCGUAAAUUGAAAUAAGUGGACGAGAGGAGAGAGUAUUUCCAGCUGCAAGACUCAGGAACAGUUGCAGGUGGAGGCUGUGGGAAGGGCAGACAGACUGAGGACAUGGGAAGACUGGGAGGACAGUAACGUCUAAGACAGAGAGAUAACAAGUAGAAAAGGGUGUGAGAAAGCUAACAGGUCAAGAGACGGACGAGGACACAGACAGUGGUGAGAGAGACACAGCCAGAAACGUCAACUGAUUUAUGCCAUGGUGCUGCUGAGGGGUGCAGUGAGAUUUUUGUGCCUAGCUUUGAUUCUGUUCCCUCACACCAUACACACCGCAGGAGAAUGCUUCUUUAACGGCAAAGCCACCUGUGAACACAAGGGUGUCAGGCUGGAGACUGGAGACACUUGGAUUAAUGAAGAAUGUUACCAAUGUAUCUGCCUGAAGCCCUUUGGAGUCGGCUGCUGUGACAGCGUGCCCCAACCUGUCGAUUACCCUGACUGGUGCGAACUUAUUCAGCGACCCAGCUCGUGCCUUCUGGCAGUUGUUAUGAAAGCCAAUCACAACAUCCCAUGCAUCAGUAAAACCACCAUGGGACGUCUUCGGCUUCAGAACAGCCACAAGGAAGAGGAAAACCCAUUCUUCUAACAUCUGGGGACCCAAUAGGAAGCAGGAACCAGCCUUACCCUGCUCAGGCCCAGCCGGUGAAGCAUUCAGUAUUGCAUCAAUAUCCCUGGGCUGUAAUUCCACUCCAUGAGAAACCGGCAGAUAUCACCAAAUGUGAUAAUAAAGAGGGGAAGCGGUUAGCCCAAUGUGAUCCAUGGCAAACUUCAGAUCAUCUUCAAGGAUAGUUUUGCUGACACAGAACAAUACAGAUCUAACAGUCAGUUGGUUACGUUAAUCUCACAGAUUCCCACGGAACACUCCUCUUAUGUUCAGGGUCUCAGCUGUGGUUGGUUUCUGUUUGAUGCAAUAAAAAAAAACCUGCAGA